GGGAGGCAUCCCGCCGAAGUCAGACCGUUUCAAGGGGAGGUGCCAAAUUGUCGCGGCGCCGGGUCGGACCGUGCAGUAACGGCGACGCAGGAGGCGGAGCUGAUACAGCUUGGGCCUGCGCUAAGCCAGUACAGGCUACUCUGUCAUCUUUGAAGAUGUUAGAUGUGGGGAAGUGGCCAAUUUUCUCCCUUUGUUCUGAGGAAGAACUGCAGUUAAUUCGUCAGGCUUGUGUCUUUGGCAGCGCUGGCAACGAAGUUUUAUAUAUGACAAUAAAUGAUGAGAUUUUUGUGCUUGGCACAAACUGCUGUGGCUGUUUGGGAUUAGGCGAUGUCCAGAGCACCAUUGAACCUCGGAGACUGGAUUCUUUAAGUGGCAAAAAAAUAGCCUGUCUCAGCUAUGGGAGUGGACCACAUAUUGUCCUUGCAACAGCAGAAGGAGAAGUCUUUACCUGGGGUCAUAAUGCUUAUAGCCAGCUGGGGAAUGGGACUACUAAUCAUGGUUUAGUGCCCUGUCAUAUCUCUACUAAUUUGUCAAACAAACAAGUGAUUGAAGUUGCCUGUGGGUCUUACCAUUCUUUGGUAUUAACAUCUGAUGGAGAGGUAUUUGCCUGGGGUUAUAAUAACUCUGGGCAGGUAGGAUCUGGAUCAACAGCUAAUCAGCCAAUCCCUCGAAGAGUCACUGGCUGUUUACAGAAUAGAGUAGUUGUGAACAUAGCAUGUGGGCAGAUGUGCUCAGUGGCGGUGGUAGACAGUGGGGAGGUUUAUGUCUGGGGUUAUAAUGGAAAUGGGCAGCUUGGACUUGGCAGUAGCGGCAACCAGUCAACCCCCUGUAGAAUAGCAGCUUUGCAAGGCAUACGUGUCCAGCGGGUUGCCUGUGGUUACGCACAUACUUUAGUAUUAACGGAUGAUGGCCAAGUAUAUGCUUGGGGUGCAAAUUCUUAUGGCCAGCUGGGCACUGGCAAUAAAAGUAAUCAGUCCUAUCCUACUCCUGUUAUUGUGGAAAAGGACAGAAUUAUAGAAAUUGCAGCCUGCCACUCUACCCACACAUCUGCUGCCAAGACCCAGGGUGGGCAUGUGUACAUGUGGGGCCAGUGCCGGGGCCAGUCAGUGAUCCUGCCUCACCUCACCCACCUCUCCUGCACGGACGACGUGUUUGCCUGCUUUGCCACUCCCGCCGUCUCCUGGCGCCUCCUCUCUGUGGAACCCGAUGACCACCUCACAGUAGCUGAGUCACUGAAGAGGGAAUUUGACAACCCCAAUACUGCCGACCUGAAAUUUCUGGUGGAUGGAAAGUACAUUUAUGCACAUAAAGUCCUUCUCAAAAUUAGGUGUGAGCAUUUUCGUUCUUCGUUGGAAGAUAGUGAGGAUGAUAUUGUAGAAAUGAGUGAAUUUUCAUAUCCUGUUUACCGAGCCUUCCUGGAAUACCUGUACACAGACAGCAUCAGCCUUCCCCCUGAGGAGGCAGUAGGAUUGCUAGAUUUGGCUACAUUUUAUAGAGAAAACCGAUUGAAAAAGCUCUGCCAGCAAACUAUCAAGCAAGGAAUCUGUGAAGAGAAUGCCAUUGCUCUACUCUCUGCUGCUGUGAAAUAUGAUGCUCAGGAUUUAGAAGAAUUUUGCUUCAGGUUUUGCAUAAACCAUUUGACUGUAGUAACACAAACUUCCGGCUUUGCAGAAAUGGACCAUGAUCUCCUGAAGAAUUUUAUCAGCAAAGCAAGUAGAGUUGGAGCCUUUAAAAAUUGAUUCUCACCUGCAGGAAAUUUUGUUUUAGCAUUUCCUUUUUGCCUGAAACAGCCAGAGAAUAACUUCUCUUUAAUAAUAUUAAUGAUGAACUACAUUUGGCUGAAUACUUGUUCUGUCAAAAGGAGGAUGGUGGUCAGUCUUCCCCAUCUGUUGAAAUUCAAAGUUGGUAUAGAAGGCAUUAAAUGAUGUGCUCAGAUGUGACUAAGCUCCAGGGGAAAAAAUAUUUAAAUGUCAUCUUAUAUUUACUAUUUCCUUUCUCAAUUCACUGAAUUGGCAUAUUGGUCUAAGUGUACACUAUUCUGGCUAACUCUUCCAUUACUCAGCAGGCUGAUUCACAUAGAGAGCGUGGUGAAGGAUGCUGUCACCACCACGCUGCCAGCGUCCAGCACAGUGCCUUGCAUAGAGUAGGCACUCAAUUAAUUUAUUAUAAACCUAAGUAUGUGCUGAGGACAGCUUUAUUUGUGGGAUGCUGGAUGAAGGAAUAACUGGCACGAAAACAAAUUUGAAACAGCCUGUAUCUAUUAAGGUUCAUAUUCUUUUGGUGCAUUGUUCUGAAAAAUAGUGGCUAAUUUAGAGCAUUAAUCUGAAUUCACAAAACGCCUUGGCAAAUGAAUUGUCAAAGGCCCAAGGGCUAACUUUCAUUUCCUGUUUACUCUGAGUUAAUGAUUUGUUGUACGGAAUUACCGAAUAUGAAGUACUAUCUCUGAAUGAAUGUUAUUUCUGGGCUUAUCUGCCUUACACAAUUGCAUAAUGUCCUUUGCUUUUGUGUUACAAGAGACUUGCCUCUGUAAAUAAAAAUGUUUGUGUUUUUUAGUUGACUUUUCUGUCACUUGAAAUCAGGUCUCUUAAUCUGGAACAGUAUAAUUAUAAAGUACUAGCUGAAAAGGAACUAAUACAUUUCAUGUACAGCAUUAAGAAGAAUGAGAUAAAUUUAUACUUUUUUGAUCACAAAAAGCUACCCAACUGCAAAAGAGAAACUGGAACGGGAUGUAGGAUGUAGCACCAAAUUCUCCUAAUAUGUUUCACAAUGUGGUAUUGUGUAAAGAAAACUUUUGGAAAGUAUAAACCUUGUUCUGAUGCUGAACUAUUUGAUAAUAAAGUGCUUAU